UGGAAUAUUCAGAUUGAUUUUUUUUUUUUUUUUAACAGAGAAAUUAAAGUUGAAUUCGGUGCAAUCUUUCAUUGAUUUGGUGCGGUUCUUCCAUUGUGACCCCUGACCAGGCGCCAGCGAGUUUACCUUCUUUCUUCCUGUGGAUUUUCGUUGCUCACUUCUCCGUCUUCCCGCGAAUUACUAAUUUAGUGGCCAACUGCCUACUAUAGUAUUUAUCAGAAACUUACAGAUCGAGAAUGGCGACGGUGCUUGUCGCCGGUAACCUCACGGCUCACGAUCGGCAGAUUCUUACGUCUGUGAACGCAGGAGCGUCUAGUCUUUCAUUUGUAGGAUCCAGCUUCAUAGUUCUAUGCUAUGUCCUCUUCAAAGAGCUACGCAAGUUCUCCUUCAAGCUUGUAUUCAAUCUCGCCCUCUCCGACAUGCUUUGCAGUUUCUUUAGUAUAGUUGGGGAUCCGUCCAAAGGAUUCUUUUGCAUUGCUCAGGGCUACAGCACACAUUUCUUCUGUGUAGCAUCUUUCUUGUGGACCACGACUAUUGCUUUUACUCUUCAUCGUACUGUUGUUAAACAUAAAACAGAUGUUGAAGACUUGGAGGCCUUGUUUCAUUUGUAUGUUUGGGGAACUUCAUUGGUUAUGACUGUAAUACGGUCCAUUGGUAAUAAUCAUGGACAUUUAGGUGCAUGGUGUUGGGCAGAAAUAGGGAGAACAAGAAAGGCAAUUCACUUUAUAACAUUUUAUGCACCGCUAUGGGGUGCAAUACUUUACAAUGGAUUUACAUACUUUCAGGUCAUACGCAUGCUAAAUAAUGCAACACGUAUGGCAGUUGGCAUGUCAGACCGGGCAUAUCAAUUUGAUGCAAGGCCAGACAUGAAGGCUUUGAACCGGUGGGGAUACUAUCCACUUAUCCUGAUAGGAUCAUGGGCUUUUGGCACAAUCAACCGCAUUCAUGAUUUUGUUGCACCAGGCCACAAUAUCCUUUGGCUCUCAGUUCUUGAUGUUGGAACUGCUGCUCUGAUGGGUCUUUUCAACUCAAUAGCAUAUGGUUUGAACUCUUCUGUGCGUCGGGCUAUAUAUGAAAGAUUGGAUCUGGUCUGGCCAGAUAGGCUGAGAAGAUGGUUCCCUAAUAGUUUAAAAUUCAGAAAUCAAGGGCAAGAGAGUGAACUAGUUUCCUUGAAAAUUCAAGAUCAGCAAUAACAGCUUGGAGACUUCGCCUGCUCAUUUUGACUGGGAAUUCAAACAUCUUGCCGGUGUCUGCUCGCUCUCAGAUUUGCUUCUCACCUUUGUGCAAAGUCCAUCAAAUUCUUAUUUUCCUUGUUUCAGGAAAGCAGGUACAACUGAUCCUUUUGUUAAGGUAGAUUUGAUUGUGAUAUCCAUAACCAUCUUUUCCUGGAGUUGUAUUACAUGAAGGUGGAGGAGGACAGGAAAACUGAGGGCAGUAACAUGAAAUUGCAUCAAUUAGUCAUUAGGCGCGGACAAUUGUUGUUGAUUAGAAAUAUCUUUUUUAAAAAAAUUGACUUGCACUUUGGAUUUGGGGAUAAGGUUCUUGCCCCUUUGUUACUAUUGUGUAUGAUAUGUUUUUCUGUUCCUAUGAAGGCAUCACUUCUAGUGGAUUACGGAAAAUUAUUAUUGUGUAAUGAUAUCAUCAAUUAUUUUGCUCAGAAUGGAAGAAAUGGAUGUGAGUUAAUGAUGUA